AGGGCGCGCGACGCCGAGCUCAGCUAGGGCGGAAGUGACUCCGCCGCUCUCCCCCGAGUCGCCGGCCGAGCUCUGAACGGCACGUGGUGGAGGUGGUGGUGGUGGGAGAGCCGGUGUGCCUUCGCUUGUGGUGAGGGGAAAGCGGUGGAGGCGGUGAUUGCGAAGGCUCGGGUCGGCCGGCUGGAACGCGGUUUGGCCAGUUCUCCUCCUUUUUCGCUCGAUGCUGUCCUUGAGCAUUUCUGCGUGCCGAAGCUUGAGCAGAGCUAGAAACUCAAGGAUUUUACUCAAAAUGACAUUAGGAACAGAGAUUACAUCAUUUCUCAAGGUGUCUUCUUAUAGCGGAGCUGACCAAAAUUUCCUGAAAUGGGACCUCUCACCUGAGCAGAUUAGAACAAAAACUGAAGAACUUAUCAAGAAAGCAAAGCAAGUUUAUGACAAAGUUGGCAUACUUGAUAUGGAAGAAAUCACUUAUGAGAACACCGUACAGACUCUAGCAGAUUUAGAAGUGGAAUAUUCAGUGGAAAGGAGCAUAUUGGAUUUCCCACAACACGUAUCCCCUGAUAAAGAUGUCCGUGCAGCAAGUACCGAAGCUGAUAAAAAGCUUUCUCACUUUGAUGUUGAGAUGAGCAUGAGAAAGGAUGUGUUCCAAAGGAUUGUCCAUUUACAGCAAAUGUGUAACCCUGAGAUUUUAAAACCAGAAGCUAAAAGAUACUUAGAGAAGUCAAUAAAAAUGGGGGAAAGGAAUGGGCUUCACCUUCCUGCAGAAGUCCAGAAUGAAAUCAAGACAAUCAAGCAGAAGCUGAGUGAAUUAUGUAUAGAUUUUAGCAAAAAUCUCAAUGAAGAUAAUACAUUUCUGAUAUUUUCUCAAAAUGAACUUCUCUUGGCUGCUUGUUCCUGUGCUCUUGAAAAGGAAAAUGCUGACAUUCUUCGACAGCUUCUUCCUUUGAGGGCAAAACUAGCUGAACUUCUGGGUUAUAGCACACAUGCAAGUUUUGUUCUUGAAAUGAACACUGCAAAAAUAACAGACAAUGUUAUAACAUUCUUAGAUGAUCUAAGUAAUAAGCUAAAACUUUUGGGUGAAGAAGAGAGAGCAUUUAUUUUAAAUCUGAAGAAAAAGGAAUGUGAAGAAAUAGGUGUUGAAUAUGAUGGAAAGAUUAAUGCAUGGGAUCUACAUUAUUACAUGAAUCAGACAGAAGAGCUCAAAUAUUCUGUAGACCAAGAGAAGCUGAAGGAGUAUUUUCCUAUUGAAGCAGUCACAGAAGGCUUGCUGAAAAUUUACCAGCAGCUGUUGGGACUUGUAUUUGAACGAGUGGAAGAUGCUCAUGUUUGGCAUGAGAGCAUUACUCUUUACACAGUGAAAGAUAGCUCAACCGGAGAAAUUCUGGGGCAGUUCUAUUUAGACCUGUACCCAAGAGAAGGAAAGUACGGGCAUGCUGCAUGCUUUGGUCUUCAGCCUGGCUGUCUUCUUUCUGACGGCAGCAGAAUGAUAUCAGUAGCAGCUCUUGUAACUAAUUUCACAAAACCAACCUUAGAUCGCCCAUCAUUGCUGCAGCAUAAUGAAGUGAAAACUUACUUCCAUGAAUUUGGGCACGUAAUGCACCAGAUAUGUGCUCAGACUGAUUUUGCUAGGUUUAGUGGAACUAAUGUGGAAACGGAUUUUGUAGAAGUACCUUCACAAAUGUUUGAAAACUGGGUUUGGGAAAAAGAACCAAUACAACAAAUGUCCAGACAUUAUAAAGAUGGAAGUCGGGUCCCCGAUGAUCUCCUUGAGAAAUUAGUAGCUUCUAGACUAGCCAACACAGGUCUUCUGACUCUUCGUCAGAUUGUUUUGAGCAAGGUUGAUCAAGCUCUUCAUACCCAGUCUUCAGCUGAUCCUGCCGAAGUAUAUGCCAAAUUCUGUGAAGAAAUUUUGGGUAUAUCUGCAACCCCUGGUACAAAUAUGCCAGCUACCUUUGGUCAUUUGGCAAGUGGGUAUGAUGGACAAUAUUAUGGAUACUUGUGGAGUGAGGUGUUUUCUAUGGAUAUUUUUUACAGUAGCUUUAAAUGUGAAGGGAUAAUGAAUCCCAAGGCUGGAAUGAAAUACAAAAAUCUUAUCUUGAAGCCUGGAGGCUCAUUAGAUGGGAUGGACAUGCUCCAAAACUUUUUAGGUCGUAAGCCAAACCAAAAAGCAUUUUUACUGAGUAAAGGAUUAUGUACUUAGUAAAACUAUGAAUUUUUUGACAAAAAACAUCACCUAGGAGACCAUCUUAAAAUACUAUCAUGAAAAUUUUAAAAAGACACUUUGUUAGGGAAUGUGUACUUGAGGUUUUAAAUGUAUUUUAUUACCAGUUUUCAAAAUUAUAAUUCUCAUUUUCAUCUCAAACUUCAUACAGAAUCAUGAUACAGUAUUUUUUUUACUUGUUAACAAUAUUUGUGCACUGUGUUAAAUCGAAAGAAAAAUAUUGUUGCAAUUUUACAUGGUAGGUGCCAUAACAUUAAGCAUUUUGUACAUUUUUAGAUUUGAAUAACAAAAUAAUCAUUACAUUUCAGCCUUGUUAGCAAAUUUUAUCAAAAUAUUUUAUUCUCUUUUUGAACUCUAAUGAACUCUAGCCCAAUGUCCUGAAGGACUCAUCAAAUCCUGACAUACUUGAUUAUUUUCCAUGGACACAGGGGCUCAAAUUCACAGAAACAACUUCCAAAAUGUUUCUUUUUUCAAUUAUGAUGUGAUCAGAAAUAUAGACUCCAAGGAUAUUGCUUUAAAACAAACGUGCUGGGAGGAGAAAUAGACGCUUUUCCAGAAUUGAAACUGGCACAUAACUUUGGUUUCAAUUUCUAAGUCUGGGAUAUAUUCCUCCUCACACACUACUAUCGGAAUUUGCGUGUUCCUCAUGGGAACUGAAGCCAGCCUAUUCAAUGUUCUUUGUCAUUGUGCCAAGAACUCAUUGUAACCAGUCACCUGCCUUUCUAUACUUUUAUUAUGGGCCUUUUUACAUAGAAGAUAAACUGCAGAAUUGUGAAAGAAAGAAGAAAAAAAAUGUUACAAGUGAUUGUCAAAGGUAAAGUUUUUUUCUCAGUACUGGUCUGAUUUUCAGUUAUCCUAGGGCCUUUCAGAGAAAGGUAUGUGUGUGUGUGUAAAACUCCUUAGAAUCACUACAAGCUAACACAUACUAAAGGUUUUAAAGAAGUUGUAGCACAGGGUGUCAAACUCACAUCAUCACAUGACAUAUCACAACUUUUUUCCUCUUCGCUUAAACCGGGGGUGGGCAUGGCCAGCACAUAAUGCAUCCGGGCUGUGAGUUUGACACCUCUGCUGUAGCAGAUAGAAGGAGGGAAUGUGAAGCAGAUGUGCCAGAUGAUUCAUGGCCAUGGAGAAGACCCAGGAAGGAGCCUGAUGCAUCCGAAGCCAGCAGAAGGAAAACAUAGCCAGCAAAAAGAGCCAGCAGAAGGAAAACAUAGCUUUGGAUUCUAGACAGUGGCACAGCAAACUCCAUGUGGUUGACGUUCUGGAUUACAAGGCAAUGGAGAAGAGAGCACUAUAAUCACCAUGUAAAAAGCUGGCUUGAGAAAGAAGGAAACAGAUUGGUUACUGUUAAUAAUAUUAUAUUUGCCUCGAGAUAUGGCUUCAGAAUUGAAGGAUUGUUGAAUUUAGCUGUGAUAAAGUAAUAAAAUGGCUUCAGAGUUGAAGAAUUGUUGAAUUUAGCUGUGAUAAAAUAAUAAAAUGAUAUGUGUUCAUAAUUAGAAAGUACUAAAAGUUUUCUAUUCAAUCCCUUGCCUACCUUAAUUAAGAUCCAUUUCAUGUGAUCCUGGACAUACUUAUUGUUUACAUCUGGUUGAUUACUAUUGUGGGAAAUAUAUAUUCACCUGAUGAAUAUUAAUCUUAUAGGUAAUCUUUACAAUGUUCCAAGAUAUAUUAACACUUCUAACAAAAACUUGGCAAUAAUCAUUUUUCCUCUCCUACAACAUCUUUCCCAAAUGUUGUUCUCAACCAGCAUGGACAAAGGAGCUAGGUUUCUCUACAUUUUGUAUAGUGCAUGAUGAUACUGGUUUUUCCCUUUAAAUUUAAAUAAGCUUCCACAGGAGGGAAACCUUUCCCUGAAGAGAAUGCAUUUGGGCUAGAGGAAUAGCAGAGAAAAAGAUGCUGAUAGAAAACUAAUGGGGCUAAUAUUUGGAGAAAAUUAGUAGAUUUUGCUAAAUCAAUACAACAUGUUUGAAUAAAAUGUUUUCAUUGAAAUUGAUCACAAGAAUCACAACAACCCAUGCUAAUAGAAAAGCUGAAACACCCUCUUUUUUUUCUUAAUAAUUAAAAGUAACCAUAAUAGUUAAAUAUUUUUAAGAGUUAAAGUGCAAGAGGAGGGUUAUUUCUCAUUAC